CGGAGUGGAAGGGCGAGAUUAGCCUCCCGUGUCUCCGCGCGUGCGUCAGCCAACGAUGCCCACUUGGAGAUGACUGCAUCAUUAGUAGUGGUGGAUAGGUGUGCUCGCAGAAUGUCGCACGCUGUUUCCAACAUCACCAAGGUUCAAAGCAGGGCAGAGCGGAUGCCAAUACGGUUUGCGUCGUCUGUCACAUAUAUUACACCACUCGCCCGGCUGUCUUCCAAACAGUCCUCGCACUUCAAGCUGAUACAUACUCUCCAUUUCCCGCUAGCAUAUUGACACGACGGAGACACGAUGGUUUUCCUCCAGACCGUCUUAUAUUUGACGGUGCUAUACGGCGUCUACAUCUUCACCCGCAGUUACUACAAUGCAUUUCAUGGGCCUCUCAGUAAAUACCCAGGUCCCAUAUUGAGAGGCUUCUCUACAUUACCCUCGCUUUGGUCAAAGUACCAUGGCAAUGAAGUUGCGGAAAUUGUGAAGCUCCACGCUCGAUAUGGACCUGUGGUCCGCAUUGGACCCACCUCGCUUUCAUAUACAAACGGUGCCACGGCCUGGAAAGACAUCUACGGCUUCAAGAGGGCUGGGAAAUUAAACUUCCCCAAGGACCCAGAGGUUAUGACCAAGCCAUUGAACGGCUCGCCGCACAUUAUCAUUGCGAACGACGAAAUACAUGCUCGACAAAGGAAAAUCAUGUCGCAUUCUUUUGCCGAUCGCUCCAUUCGAGAACUUGAACCCAUGCUUAUCGGAUGGGUGAGCAAACUUGUCGAGAAGCUAGCUCAGCCAGCUGCAACUUCGACGCCAGCUGAUAUGCUGAAAUGGUACAACUGUGCUACUUUCGACAUCAUGGCUGACCUAUCUUUCAAUGAGCCCCUCGGAAUGUUGGACGACGGCGAAUACUCGCCCUGGGUAGGAAUCAUCUUCGCGACCAUCAAAAGCCUCGCGCGAUUGCGAGCAAUCAGAAAUAUCAACUGGAUCACACAGAGUCUCGUAUCGAGACUCAUGCUUAUGCCCUCCGUGCAGAAGAAAGCGUGGGAGCACUUCAGCUACGCAGCUGAACGCGUCGACCGCCGUCUGGAGAAGCCGACCGACCGACCUGACCUCUGGGGCAAGAUCAUCGACAACGGCGGCCUUACCCGCGACGAGCAGCAUUCCAACGCGAUGAUCUUCAUGACCGCCGGCACCGAGACCACCGCGACGUUGCUCAGCGGCACAACCUACUGGCUCCUCCGCGAACCCGCCAUCCUCGCCAAACUCGUCGCUGAAAUCCGCUCGGCCUUCACCAGCGUCAACGACAUGACCCUCGAAAACCUCGCCCGCCUCAAAUACCUCGACGCCGUCAUGCACGAAGGUCUCCGCAUGUACCCACCCGUCCCGACCGCCCUGCCCCGCGUCGUCCCCGAAGGCGGCGCCGAAGUGUGCGGCGACUUCCUGCCCGCCGGCGUCUCCGUCGGCGUGCCCCAAUACGCCGCCUACCACAGCCCGCUAAACUUCAAAGACCCGGACAGCUUCCGGCCACAACGCUGGAUGGGCGAUGUGGAAUUCAAGGACGACCAACUCGCCGCCGUCGAACCUUUCCACGUCGGACCCCGGAAUUGCAUCGGCAAGAACCUCGCUUAUCAUGAAUUCCGCCUCAUCCUGGCCGCAACGCUACUCCAUUAUGACCUCAGCCUUUGUGAGGCUUCGGCGGAUUGGACGGAUCAGAAGGUUUAUAUUCUCUGGGAGAAGAAGCCGCUUUGGUGUACAUUGAAGCCUAACCCGGCGUUGAAGGCUUAGUGAUGGGAAUGCCGGUAUGACGGAGCACGAUGCUAUGACGAAGGGGCGAUAUCUUUUUCUACCAUUAAAUUGUUUCUGGGCUGGCGUAAUCAUUUGGAAGGAUUGUAUUUUCGGAAGGGAAAUCUUCACUUUUUCAUG